AUGAGUACCGCCUACGAGACCGUUGUUGCGAAACAUGCUGACCUUAAAGUCUUUGCCAUUUCACUCAUCGCUGACAUAGCUGUGCUUGACGAAGAUACUGAGGUCCCUAUUACCCAUGAAGAGGUCCUCCGUACCGCUGGCAAGCGUGCCGAGUGUAGGGACUACCGUGGUCUCGAUGUCUCGGUGGGUGGAGAAGGUGCCUUCCCCAAUACUAACGAAGAACAGAAACCCCAAAAAUUACAUCCCAAGACAGAGCUGGACAUACGGUAA